GCUGGCAUCGUGUCACUGCCAGACACUCUUUACAAUUCGACACAGUUAUUGAGUGGCCCUAGUCCCAACAGAAGGAGUUAAGUGUGCAGUAUUUGUAGCAGUGAGAGGAAGUCAGCACACGAGGCUGAAGGCUAGCGAGAGUGGAAGGUGUUCGUGGAGGAGGACUAGGCUAGAAGGGAGCGGUAUUUCUGGAACACGGAAAACCAGGUCCCCAGGAAAGAAUUUAAUGACAAAAACGAAUCUACAGAGUGGUGGACUUUUGUCAAGUAAAGACAGCUUAAAAGUAAGGAUCAGUUGCGCAGCUGUGAGAGCUAGGCUUCGGGAAUACGAACAUUAGACGAAUGGCAACAAAAGGAACGAAGAGGGAAUUUGUUGAAGCAAAGAUAGUGCUCGGAAUUUAAGAACGUUCGAAGUAAUAAGAGUGAUUAACAUUUAAGAACUCUUGAAAUAAUAAAAGUGAUCAGCAUUUAAUUAAGAACUCUUGAAAUAAUAAAAGUGAUCAGAAUUUAAUUAAGAACUCUUGAAAUAAUAAAAGUGAUCAGCAUUAAGAACUCUUGAAGCACUGAGAGUGAUCAACGUUUAAAAGCUUAUUCGAAAUGGACUAAACAACAAAACGCAUAUCGUCAUGGACUGACGUACACUGUACUAUAAGGAACGGAACCACUGAAGAAGGUUCUGGCAAAACGGUGAGACACAGAAUCAAAUCUCUUCAGAGAGGAACUGAAACCCGAGAACCUUCACUCAUCCUUUAUCAUGAGCUAUACUGGACGAGCUUAUCGAACAGGAUUCCGGCCCGCCUCCGCGGAGGAGGACGAGGAGAGAAUGUACCAGGCGCGCUACGACUACGAGGCGGCCAGGGAAGGAGACUUAAGCUUUACGGGAGGUGACGUACUGGAGGUGAUCGGCCCUACGGUGGGCACCUGGUGGCUCGCCCGCAACACUCGCACCGGCAAGGAAGGCUAUAUUCCCUAUAACUUUAUCAAGAGGCUAGCUGAUAGAAGAACUUCGGCAGCGCCUCCACCCGAGACUGGCAAGGUGUUCACAGCACAUCGUGACUACAAGGCCACCUUUCCCAGUGCACUUUCCAUCAAGAAGAAUGACAAGAUCGAGGUGCUGAAGGAGAAGGACGAGAUUUGGGUGUGGGGUCGCGAGUUGGUGAGCAAUCUAAAGGGCUUGGUACCUCGCUCCUUCCUCAUUCAGGAUAACCCUAUCACUGAUGCAUUGUGGUACUAUGGCACAAUCAGCAGGGAGAGAGCCGAGGCCCUCCUGCUGCUGCCACACAAUCAAACUGGCGCCUUCCUCAUCAGAGACUCAUCCCAAGGCUCUGCGGGAUACAGUCUCUCAGUGCGGUACGAAAGGGUGGUGAAGCACUAUCUGAUACAUAUGAACACAGAUGGACGUAUCUAUAUCUCACAGAAUGAUGUGUUCAAAACCAUUACUGAACUUGUUCACUAUUACCAGAGCAACAGUGGUCUCUGUACCAUGCUCGGUAUGCCUUGCAAGAACGAGCCCCCGCCGGUGGAGAUGGUUGAGGGCCAGUGGGAGAUUGACCGCACGCUAAUAGUGCCAACAGGGGAGGUGCUUGGAGAGGGCCAGUUUGGCCAGGUCUACAAGGCCCUCUGGAAGAAGAUUACCCCCGUCGCGGUGAAGGAGAUGAAGCACGAUUGCAUGAACCUGAAAGAGUUCGAGCGCGAGGCUGAGACGAUGCAGCGCCUUCGUCACCCUCGUCUGGUGAAGCUCUAUGGUAUAUGCACCACGCCGGCCGGCCAGCCCCUCCUCAUCGUCACAGAGUUCGUCCCGAACGGCUCCUUGAAAGAACUUCUUUUGAAAUACAACAGAGCCGGUACCCCGCUUGACCCUUGCACUCUGGUGUCGAUGUCGGAGCUGGUGGCCUCGGGCAUGGCCUACCUUGAAGGAGAGAAGGUGAUCCACCGUGAUUUGGCCGCCAGGAACAUCUUGGCUGGGAGAGACAUGCAGGUCAAGAUUGCUGACUUCGGCUUGGCCAGGUUUAUCAAGGAAGACUUCUACCUGCGCCGCUCUGAUAUAAAGUUCCCGGUGAAGUGGACUGCUCCCGAGGCGCUGGUCAACAACCUCUACACCACCAAGUCCGACGUGUGGUCCUUCGGCAUCCUUCUCUACGAGAUCUUCACGCACGGUGGCAACCCUUACCCAGGUACGAGGGGAAAGGAAGCGAGAAACCUCAUCCAGGAUGGAACUCUGAACCGCCAGCCAUCUGGUUGUCCGGAUGAGGUCUACAACAUUAUGAGGAACUGCUGGCAGAUGAACCCUCACAACCGGCCCAACUUCCUCGAACUUAGGAACCUGCUCAACAGGGUCAAACAACGGCUGUAGAUAUUAUAGGACAGGCCCUGCGGACCUUUGAGACGCGACGCUCGGUUGGACCAGCAGAAGUCCGCCAUAUUCCAGAGUUGGGUGUCGAGGAUGGGUGUCUACAUGACUCUUAUCCGAGGCUUCCAAUCACAAUAUUCUUUUUACACCAUUAAAGAAGUUUACUAAAAUUGUACAUAUAGCAAAACAACAUUCAAUACACUUACACUACGUAAAUAAACUAGAUUCGUUUAAAACAUUGAAUAUAAUUUUAGUUACUUAUACAUGUAUUAAUGAUGCUGUGAUUCGAGGCUUCUUGCGUUUUUCAUGUAGACACUGAACAUAAGACAUGAACAUAUAUGAAUUGUUUAUUUAUCAAAAGGGAUCUACAUAUAUGUUUCUAGAAAACUUUACUGAAUUUGUGAAGGGUCUCUUGAAAUAUUAGGAUCCGAUUCUCAUUAGGAUCAGAUUCUCCUCGGGGAUACUGAGACUCCCAUGGGCUAAAAAAUAUCCAAUAAAAAAAUGCCAAAUAAUUUUGCAAUUUUGUGAUUCUUUUUAGUAAAGAAAUUGGCCUAUGACAUUGGCAUGUUAAUUAUGAAUAUAAAUUUAAAAAGGAUAAAACAUAGGCCUUAGUUGUAGAUGAUGACUUAGAAUAAAAUCUAGAAGGUU